AUGAUUGAGUAUUGUCUUCGUCCACUCAAUGAGAACAUCUUCUCGACUCACGAUUUUGACAACAUGUUCGACGAAUAUUUCACGUUCGAUGAGUUACAUCGUCGGAAUGUCAGCGCCGAACAAUUAAUUUCAUGGUCAGCUUCGAUCGAUCUGGUUGAACAGUAUCAACAUUAUGUUGAUCAAACCGACAUUUUUUCUCCAUCAAAUAAAGUCUUCUACAACUGUACAGAACCAUGGUUCGGUUCUCGAUGUCAAUACACGUUUGGCUUCCGUGGAACCAUUACAUUGAACGAUAUUAUCAUAGCGACCUUUGAAUCGAAAUCUGAUCACGCGGUUCCUCAUACCGUAACCAAUCUGACGUGUUACAUUCAUCUUCAAUGUGAUCGUGGUCCUCCGCCGAUGUGUCUUGAUUGGCGUGAAGUGUGCGAUGGUCGAAUCGAUUGUCUGGACGGAGGUCAAGAUGAGGCACAAUGUUUCGAUCUGGAAAUUAACGAAUGCGCUGAGGACGAGUAUCGAUGUCACAACGGAUUGUGCAUUCCACUAGAGAUCUGGACGCGUGGAUAUUACAAAACAGACUGUCUCGAUCGAUCGGUAUCCACCUUUGGCUACAAUAAAUAUGAUGAGUGCUUGAUAAAUCCGACAUUCUUAUGCGAAGAGCAUUCGUGUUGACCAGGUCCUAAACAAUUUACAUGCGGAGAUGGACAAUGUGUG